GUGCGCUCUCCCCAGCGCGAGCCGAGCCAUGGCGGGUCUGGACUUCGUCCCGACCAUCGGGGAGGACGAGGAGGUUCCCGAGGAAGAGGAGACGGGGUCCGAGGAGGAGGAGCCAACGGUGGUGUUACUGAAGAGGAAGAGACUUUCAAAGAAACAAUGCGCAGAUUUCAGCGACGAUUUUUUCUUCACAGAAAAGGAUGGGGAAUGCAGCGAGGACUGGGUGAUGGCCGAUGUCCUGAACCAGCUGAAGAAAAGGAAACCAGCAACAACUCUGGAUGAAAAGAUCGAGCAAGUACGAAAGAAAAGAAAGAAAGAGGAGAACUCUGGAAAAGCAGCAAAGAAAAUAAAGUCAGAGUCUGGAGAGGACACUGAGCUCAAUUCUGACACAGCAAAGCAAGGGGAGGAGGGAGAUAAUGGGGAGGAGGAAGAAGAUGCCGGUGAGGAGGAAUUGGAUGGUGAGAAUGAGAUGGAAGAGGGUGACGAAGAUGGUGAAGAUAUUGAAGACUCUGAAUCAGAGUUCUCCUCUGAGGACAUUGAUGUGUUACAGAAAGCAGACACUUUGAAAGUGAAGGAGAAGCGGAGAAAGAAGAAGGCAGGGGCUGAGCCGUUCUUUGAGGAUGCUCCACAGUUCGACGACAGCCUCAUGUUCCCGGACAUGAAUCUAUCCCGACCUCUGUUAAAGGCGAUCACAUCCAUGGGUUUUAAGCAGCCGACCCCCAUUCAGAAAUCGUGCAUCCCCCUGGGUUUGCUGGGCAGGGACCUGUGUGCUUGUGCUGCUACUGGCACAGGUAAAACCGCUGCCUUCAUGCUGCCAGUCCUGGAGCGUUUGAUCUAUAAGCCACGUCAGGCUCCGGUUACCCGGGUGCUGGUCCUAGUUCCCACACGAGAGCUCGGAAUCCAGGUGCACGCCGUGGCCAAGCUGUUAUCACAGUACACGGCCAUCACUGUCUGUCUCACUGUCGGUGGACUGGACGUAAGAACUCAGGAGGCGUCUCUGAGGGCAGGACCUGAUGUGCUGAUUGCCACACCCGGCCGGCUGAUCGACCACUUACACAACUGUCCGUCUUUUGACCUCAGCAGCAUUGAGAUCCUCAUUCUGGACGAAGCAGACAGAAUGCUGGAUGAGUACUUUGAGGAGCAGAUGAAGGAGAUCAUCCGGCUCUGCUCUCACCAACGACAGACCAUGCUGUUCUCCGCCACCAUGACCGAUGAGGUGAAAGACUUGGCGUCGGUGUCAUUAAAGAAUCCAGUGAAGAUCUUCGUGAACAGCAACACCGACGUGGCACCGUUUCUCCGUCAGGAAUUCAUCCGAAUCCGCCCGAACCGCGAGGGGGACAGAGAGGCCAUCAUUGGAGCCCUCCUGACCCGAACCUUCCUUGACCACGUGAUGCUGUUCAUACAGACCAAGAAACAGGCACAUCGUAUGCACAUCGUGCUGGGGCUGAUGGGGCUGCGGGUGGGGGAGCUGCACGGUGACCUCUCCCAGACACAGCGACUGGAGUCCCUGAGGCGCUUCAAGGAUGAACAAAUUGACAUCCUCGUGGCAACCGAUGUUGCUGCCAGAGGCCUGGACAUCGACGGGGUCAAAACCGUCAUUAACUUCACGAUGCCCAACACAGUGAAGCACUACGUGCACAGAGUGGGCCGCACAGCGCGGGCCGGCCGCAGCGGGCGGUCCGUCUCCCUCGUGGGGGAGCAGGAGCGCAAGAUGCUGAAAGAGAUUGUGAGGAAAGCCAAAACCGCAGUGAAGGCUCGGGUCAUCCCCCAAGAGGUGGUGAUGAAGUUCCGGGAUAAGAUUGAGAAGAUGGAGAAGGAGAUUUACGCUGUGUUGCAGCUGGAGAAGGAAGAGAAGAUGCUGCAGAAAACCGAGGCUCAGGUGAACACCGCCAAACGUAAGUUGCAGAAGAACGAGGAGGAGGAGAACAGACCAGAUCGUGGCUGGUUCCAAACCAGAGAGGAGAGGAAGAAAGAGAAACUUGCGAAAGCCCUGCAGGAUUUUGACGUGGCCUUGAGAGGGAAACAACGCCGGAAAAAGUUCAUGGACAACAUCAAGAAAAAGGGGGAGAUGACGGGGGAGGACAGAGCGCAGUUUGAAAUCCUGAAAUCACAGAUGUACGCAGAGCGGGUAGCGAAACGAGCGCGGAAACCGAAACGAGCACGCUUCAUGGAGGAGGAGCCGAACACGGCAACAGCUGGGGGGAAAAACAAGACGAAGAAACCAAAGUCCAUGUUCGAUAAGGAAUUGACAAACACGAGCCGCAAGGCCCUUAAGCAGUACCGAGCCGGGCCAUCGUUUGAAGACAGGAAAAGACUUGGAAUACAGAGGAAAGGAGGUGCCUUCAAAUCCAAGUCUCGGUAUAAAAGGCGGUGAAGUGAAAUGAGGGAUUAUAAUGCAGCCAUAUCCAGAGAUGAAUAACACGACUCGCUCAUGCCAAGAGGCAAUUUCACUCCUUGAGCUUUCCCCUUUCACAAAUGGGUUUGUACAGUAUUUUGGUGGGUUUGAUUUCUGUCCAGCGAUGAAGAAACCAUGACCAUAAAUAACUCUUGAUAACAAAGCUGGCACCAGGAGACAUCAUCCUCCCCCUCAGCUCCACCGCAAGUAAGAUGGCUACAAGUCAGAAACCCCUUCCAUGUACAGGGUGUUUACAAAGUCCUUACCCCCCCCCCCUGUUACAAAACAGUGAUACAAGCUCAAACAAGUUGUCAGAGAUUCAUUUCACUUCGUCACUCAAUCCAUGUUACAGAAGUUGUGGCAUUGAACAUGGCGCCGGAUCAUUAUCAGCUCUGAAAAUAGUGGCGCUCACACACACUGAUCCUCUGGAGUCUAAAUAGUUAAAUACUUGUACUGACUACAAUUAUCAUGAUUCAGUUGUUGGACAGUGCACUGUCAGAAAAACACAUGGAGUAACAGUACUUUGUGAACACCCUGUACUUCUGCUGCCAUAGCUCCAGCUUUUGUUGUGGUUUCAGGCUCCUGGUAGAUUGGGAUGUCAGCAGAGAGGAUGCUGAUAUGUAAGGCUGUUUCUUCUUAAUCUCUAGUGUAAAGCUGGUUAAUUGCUGAUUGCUUUCCAAGAUGUUUAUGUAAUCUAUUUUUAUUGACACAAAUGUGUAUUGUCUAAACAGUAUUGAUGGCAUUGUGUAAAACUGACUUAACCCACCUUCAGUGAAUUAACAUGACUAGAUAUUUUAUAUCUACUCUGAACAACGGUAGAUGAUGUUCUUUCAUGUGUGCUAUAACAACACAGCCCGACUGCUAAUAAAAAUUCUAAACUUAA